GUGACGUCACGCGUCUAUGUGUCGCGCGUGGGGGAGGGAGUUAGCGGACGGUCCCUGGCUGGGUUCUAGCGCACCGAAUAGCGGAAGAGACUCCUGCGGGCCGCCGCGAUGCCUCGCCCGCGGCGGGUCAGUCAGCUCCUAGAUCUAUGCCUUUGGUGCUUCAUGAAGAAUAUUACCAGAUAUAUCAGAGACAUCAAGCCUUUGCCUCCCAACAUAAAAGAUAGACUAAUCAAAAUAAUGAGCAUACAGGGGCGGAUAACAGAUUCAAAUAUAAGUGAGAUUUUACAUCCUGAAGUUCAAACUCUAGAUCUACAAAGCUGCGAUAUUUCAGAUACUGCUCUCUUACAACUAUGUAACUGCAGAAAACUGAAGAAAUUAAAUUUAAAUUCUUCAAAAGAAGACAGAAUUUCUAUAACUUCAGAAGGAAUAAAAGCUGUGGCUUCAUCUUGUUUAUAUCUACAUGAAGCUUUUCUGAAAAGAUGCUGCAAUAUCACUGAUGAAGGAGUCCUUGCUCUUGCACUCAAUUGUCGGAUGCUGAAGAUCAUUGAUUUGGGUGGCUGCUUAAGUAUUACUGAUGUAUCCUUACAUGCAUUAGGAGAAAACUGCCUAUAUUUGCAGUGUGUUGACUUUUCAGCUACUCAGGUAUCUGACAAUGGUGUCAUUGCACUUGUGAGUGGACCUUGUUCCAAGAAACUAGAGCAGAUUCACAUGGGACAUUGUGUGAAUCUGACUGAUGAGGCUGUGGAAGCUGUCCUUACUUGCUGCCCUCAGAUUUGUAUAUUAUUCUUCCAUGGAUGUCCCCUGAUAACAGAGCAUUCAAGAGAAGUCUUGCAGCAAUUAGUAGGCCCAAGCAAACUAAAACAAGUGACAUGGACUGUUUACUGA